AAGCUAUUCGGGGGAUUGCUGGGUUUCGCAGACUUCGUUGUGACUCUACGUUUUCCCCCCGCAGAGGAAAUCAAAGAUUAUUUUUCUCUGUUUGGUGGUGUAAGAAGAUGUAUGUUGCCAUUUGAUAAAGAAACAGGAUUUCACAAAGGCUUUUGCUGGGUUGGCUUCUCGUCAGAAGAAAGCCUUCACAAUGCAUUACGGAAGGAAUCCCACAUUGUAGAAGGAGCCAAGCUACAGGUUCGACUGCAGAAACACAGAAGUUUUCCAAGUCAAUACGCAAAUGAAGGAGUUGCUGACAUGAGUUAGCAGCCUGCAGGAGACUUUAUUUCACCAACAUGUAAAGAGUCUAAAAUAAAAAUGUUACUGAGUGGAAA